AUGACCUUCCGUGAUCAAAUUACUUUUUACCAAACAGUUAAGUGUUGUAAAGAUAUUUAUCUAUCUCACUCCUAUCUAUUUUUCUCCACUACCCUUUUUUGCCUUGCCCUAAGUUCUUUCGUUUUCUUUUUUUUUUUCUUUGUUUCUUUCUUUCGUUUGCUUUCACUUUUUCUUAUUUUUCGCAGAUCUCUUUUUCUAAUAUUCUUUUUUCUUUUCCUAUACUGUUCUCCCUUCUUUCCUUACCUUAGCCAUUUUCUUUCCUUUCGAUCGUAUAUCUUUUUCUCAUUUUUCCCCUUCUUUCUUUUUUUUUUUACUUGUUUGUUUUUGUUUUUCUCUACCUGCGCAUCUUCCUUUUUUUCCUUAACUCCUCCUCCUUUUUUUCUCAUUUUUCCUCUUCUUUCUUUUCUCCGCCUUCAACUAUUUCUCCUUUUUUUCCUCACCUUCUUCUCGUCUUCCUUUUCUCCUCUUCCUCCUUUUCUCCCUUUCUCCUCUUCCUCCUUUUCUCCCUUUCUCUUCUUCCUCCUUUUCUCACUUUCUCCUCUUCCUCCUUCUCUCACCUUCUCCUCUUCCUUCUUUUCCUCACCCUUAACUAUUCCUCCUUUUUUUCUCACCAUCUCAUCGUCCUCCUUUUCUCACUUUCUCCUCUGCCUCCCUUUCUCACUUUCUCCUCUUCCUUCUUUUCCUCUCCUUUAA